ACAACAGUAUCGACGUUUCUGGCAAGGUUUAUCUGGAUUCUUUAUUAUAAAAGAGAUUUUUAAAACGUUGGAAGUUAUAUUUCUGAAGCUUUCAGUAUGGGUUUCUUCACCGGAGUGGGUCGGUUUGUAGUGGUCAUCCUCAAUGUUAUAUUUGUGAUUGUUUCCACGGUGAUGUUGGCUGCAGGAAUCGUCCUAAAAUUCUUCUCAGACAACGAAUUCCUUAAAAACGCAGAAAGUCAAUUCAAAGCUGCCUUAGAGACACUCGCCUCUAAAACAGGUUCAACCAUUGACACCAGUAGUUUCAGCCUGAAUGCCGUUUUCGGAACCGUGGCCAUUCUCCUGAUCGUCUUGGGAGCCAUUCUACUGGGCGUGUCUUUCUUCGGUUGUUGUGGGGCAUGCUGUAAAGUACAGGUUCUUCUUAUCACAUAUGCUGUGAUUCUGAUAGUACUAUUGCUCGGACAGAUAAUUAUGGUGAUCCUUAUGUACGCCUCCGCAGUGGUGAAAAACACAGUGCGAGAAGAGUUAAAGGUAUCUGUCAAAGAUUUCCAUGGAGUGGCGGGCGUAAACGUGGAGUCCAUGCUCUGGAACGCCGCCAUGGUCGAGCUGAAAUGCUGUGGUGUGGAGGACUACAAUGAUUUUAACUUGUAUGCAAAAAGCUGGAACAACACUCCCACCAUGCGUAAUGGUCAAACUGACCCACUGGACACGCCUGUUGCCUGCUGUGUCGAUCUCCCCGAAACAAAAACUGAUGCGGAAACUUGUGCAAAGAAGCCUUUGGAUUCAACAAAGAGCUAUUAUAACAAGGGCUGCUUCGACAAGAUCUGGGACAUGAUGUUUGAGAAUCCUCUGAUGCUGGGGAUAGUUCUCACGGUGGCCUUCUUAAUUCAGCUCCUAUUGAUUGUGUUUACAAUUAUGAUGUACAAACAGAACAAAGAUGAAAAGGGCGGCAAAGGAACCAACAAAAUUAAGCCCAUGCGAGGGUAUAUGUGAUUUUCAAAAUGGAGAAGCAGGAAAGAAAGUUUCAAAUCUAUUUUUCUGGCAAUAAAUGAGAUUAAAAUUAAUUGUUGAACUAAGCAAAUUGGGGGUAUGCUAUAAUCUGUGAUAAUGUCGC